AUGCCCAGCUCCAUAAUGCUUGCUCAGGACGACUGGAGGUGUCGGUCGGGAGAGACACGAGUGGUUGUGGGGCAGUGCCGAGGCAGUGUAUUCAGAGCGCUUCUCCAUCGCCCAGCCGCGCCCCACAGCAGAUGGGCGUGGUGGUGUGUGACGGCGGCGGAGAGCCGGAAACCGCACGGCUGCGAGGGGAGCGCCAGUUGGAGUGAGCGGCGCGGACUGCAGCACGCGCUACGCCCCUCGCGCGCCACCCGCACUGCCCCGUCCCCGCUCCUGCUACUACCAGCGCUUCUGGCCCUGCUGACUCUGACCCCCGCGCUCGCUGCCCCGCUUGGCAGCGUGCGGACGGGCAGGCUUGAGCGAGCGGAGUCCCAGUGGGAGAGGUGGCGGCACGCUAAAGGGGCGGUGGGGCAUGGUGCGGGGGUGCGCAAGCGCCUGUACGUUCUGCCCGCCGAGUCCAACGCGCCCCGACCGCUCGCCGCGGCGACAGCGGCUUCCCCGGCCCUUGCUGCCGCAUCCCCUGCAGCCCCCGCGACCAACAACAGUGGCGCAUCUUCCGCUUCCACCAGGCCUGAUAGUGGCGGCACGGGUGCGGGCGCAGGAGCAGCAGGAACGGCAGAGGCGGCGGCGAUCCCGGAUGACAGGGCGAGCUUGCUGCCAUGUCCCAUGGUCACCAGCGCCACGCAGGGGGGAACCGACGGGAGUGGCGGGCUUGGCGGCGUGCUGAGUCUGCUGAGGGUGGUGCAGGCAGGCGAUGGCGGCGGGGACGAGGGGGACGAGGCGGCAGGGCAGCGCGGCAGCCUAUCACGCGUGGAUCCAAUGGACGGGUUCAGGCGCUACCGAGGCCCGUACAACGUCACUGACGUGCACUACUGGGCGUCCGCAGCGUUCACUGGGUGGUGGGCGGCAGCAGUUGGCGUUAUCCUGUGCCUCCUCGGGAUUGUGCUGGUCGGCCUUAUACUCUGCUUCCGCCAACCAUUGAGUUGCUGCCACGUGGCAAUUUCAAAGAAGGGUGCAAGGGCACGUGUAGCAGCAGAAGCAGGUGGUGUGGAGGGCGCUACGGAGGCAGAGAGGGUGUCAGGAAGAGGAACGGAAAGGGGCAAAUUGACCGGAGGGCGGGCAGGCAGAGGCGAGCAGUCAGCGGUGCCAUCUGCUGCAGCUGGGGGGGCAGGUAUCGUUGAGGCCACGGGUGGGCGGCUGGAGGCAUGCGUGCAGGGCCACAAACCCAUGGCAGGCAGCUCGGGUGCUCACUGGCCCCAUGUUGACAUGUGCACAUCCCCCCCUGCAGCAUCGUGGGUGAGCGCACCAGACAUGGGCAACAGUAUCGCCAUCACCAGAUCUGCCUCCUCCUCCCUCUCCUCCUUCUCCUCCUUCUCCUCCUUCUCCUCCCCUCGCACCUCCUCUGCUUCCUCAGCCACCCGCCCCUCCGUCUCCUCCUCCCUCUCCUCCUCCUCAUCUGCUUCUUCCUCUGCGCCUUUCCUGUCUCUAUCCAGCGCUGAUUCUGCUCCAAUCGGCCUUCGCCACGUGGCGUCUGAGCUGUCAGUCCCUUGGGAGGGGGAGGAGUGUGAGGCAUGGGGGCAGGAGGAGAAGAAGCCUUGUCAACGGGGGGCGGAGGAGGGGAUUAGCAAUACGAGCGGCAGCAACAGUGUGGCAACGGCACCAAGGGGAACAGGGGCAAGUCGGGAAGCAGGAGGGGUGGGCGCAGAGGGAAGGGAGAAGACGGGGUGGGGGCGAGCGGUGCGAUUGGGGUGGCAGGUGGUGCGGUGGGUGUUGCUUGCUGCGAGCCUGCUGUUGGCCAUUGCGGCGGUGGGCGUGGCGCUGUACGCGAGUGCAUCGUUCCGCCCCAUAGCCGUGCACACCAGGGACUCUGUCAUCACCAGCAUUGCUGCUGCCAUCAAUAAGCUGGACCACAUGGCGGGCACGCUGACAGCAGCGUACGCGGUGUUCAACCGCACCCUCUCCGACCCCUCGCUGCUGCUGCCUGCUCAGCCGCCACCACCGCAGGUGCAGGCGCAGCAGAAGCAGCAGAUGGGCUCUGCAUGGGCAGCACCCGAGAGUGGCGGCGGCGCUUCAGGGAGCAGCGUGCAGGCAGGCGACGCUGGUGGUGCACGCAGCAGCACCAAUGGUCCGUGUGGUAGCAGCAGCGGCGGCAAUGGCACAGCAGGAGGGUCGCAGCAAGGCUGGGGGAACGCGGUGGGGCGAGUGGGGGGUGAGGGCAGCGGCAACGGCAGCAUGGACGCGGCGUCAAUACUGGUGUUUGCUCGGCGUGCUCUGGUGUCGGUGCACACACUGCAGCGCCAGGCGCACAAGCUGGAGGGCACGGUGGAGCGCGUGGCACAAAGGGCCUUCUCCAUCACCACCACCACUCUCAUAUCGCUCAUGGCUGCUUCCUGCCUGCUGCUGCUGCUCUCCGCUAUCUCCGCUCUUGGGGCGUGCAGGGGCAGGCGGCAGUGCCUGGCUGUGCACCUCCUGAGCAUGGCGGUGCUGCUCGCGCUGCUGCUCGUCGCGUGGCUGCUCGCGGCCGUCUUCUCCUCUGCGCGUGUCAUGCUGCGCGACUCCUGCGCCGAGAUGGCUCUCUACGCCGCCAGCCCCGCCGCCUCGACACUCGCGCCGCUGCUGCCCUGCAUCAACCCGCGCGCGGCGCGCAUCGCGCGGGUGAACGCGGCGCGCGGCGCGAACCAGCUGGUGGGGUUCGCCAAUGCGCAGAUCGAGAGCGGCAACGCGGCGCUGGGCGGGCUCGCCCGCAUGCUGCGCUCCGCUGGGCUCCUGGAGACCAGCGCUCCGGGGGGAGGCGAUGCCAGUGGCGCGGGUGGCGGCGGCACGGCUGUGGCGAGCAGUGCGGUGGAAGGGGCAGGAGGGGCUGCGCGCGCAGGGGGGCUGAGAGGGCGCGGGUCGAGCAUGGGCAUGGUUAGCAGCAGCAGCGUUGCGGAGGCGGGUUCAGGAGGAGGGAAUAGUGAAGCUGCUGUGCCUGACGCAGCGGCACGCACAGAGCAGAGCAGCACCGCCUUGAGCCCUGGCGGCAACAGCAGCAGCAGCAGCAGCAGCAGUGGAGAGGAUCGUGUAAUUCCGCUGCUGUGCCCGGUGUUCAACGAGAGCAGCAACCUCGCUCCCGCUGUGUGCCCUGCCGGAUACGGUUCUGUGCGCUCCUUCGAACAGGACUACGCCGCAUACCACUGUGAGUCAGAGAACCCUGUUAUCUGUGUGCGGCGAGGCACGCCCAUCCCCAACUCCUCCUACCACCUGCUUGCCAGUGCUGCUGCUGCCACGGCAAGUGUGGCGGACCUGGUGCCCGACAUGUAUGACCUGGCCACGUGUCAAUUCCUCGUUGACCUAUUCCACGACCUCUCCUCCAGCCCGCAAGGCUGCUAUGGAGCCAAGAGCAAGGUGCAACUGGAGUGGGUGGCGUUUAUUAUUUGUGUGAUAAUGGCAGGAGGCGGCAUGGUUCCUGUGUCGCCGGGCUCGCACCAGUUCAACGGGAGAGUGACGGCGUACGUCAUCCUCUCCAGCCUCGUGGCCGCGAGCGGCGGGCUGCUGUUUGGCUAUGACAUCGGCAUCACAGGCGGGGUGACCAACAUGGAUGGAUUUCUAGAGGCAUUUUUCCCCGCAGUGCUGACGAAGAAGCUCUCGGCGCACGAGAACUCGUGGUGCAAGUUCGACUCGCAGCUGCUACAGCUCUUCACGUCCUCGCUCUUCAUCGCCGGCAUCUUCGGCGGGCUCAUCGCGUCCGUCACCACGUCGCGCUUCGGCAGAGUGCGCACGAUGCUGGUGGGCGGCAUCUUCUUUCUUCUCGGCGCCGCGCUCACAGGAGCAGCCGUCAACAUCGAGAUGCUCGCCGUGCCUCUGUAUCUCUCGGAAAUGGCACCGGCGCAGCUGCGCGGCGCGCUGAACAUGAUGUUUCAGAUGGCGACGACGCUGGGCAUCGUGGGCGGGCAGCUCAUCAACUACGGCACGGCGCACCUCCACCCCUGGGGUUGGCGCCUCUCGCUCGCGCUCGCUGCCGUGCCUGCCGCCGUGCUGACGGCGGGAGGCUUGUUCCUUCCGGACACGCCCAACAGUCUCGUGGAGCGCGGCCAUGCAACCUGCGGCCGCCAGGUGUUGCAGCGGAUUCGCGGCAUUGAAGUGGACGUGCAGCAGCUGACGGGCAUCAACGCCAUCAUGUUCUACGUCACGCCGCUCUUCCAGUCGCUCGGCUUCGGUGACAGCGCGUCGCUGCUCACCACCGUCAUCACGGGCGCCGUUAACGUCGUGGCCACGCUCGUCUCCAUCCUCACCGUCGACCGCUUCGGCCGCAAGUCGCUCUUCCUCGUCGGCGGUGUGCAGAUGGUCCUCGCGCAGGUAGCGAUCGGCGUGCUGCUGGGCACGACGUACGCGAGUGGGACGGGCAGCCUGUCGAGCGGGUACGCGACGGCUGUGGUGGUGGUGAUCUGCGUGUACGUGGCGGGGUUCGCGUGGUCGUGGGGCCCGCUGGGGUGGCUGGUGCCGUCGGAGAUCCAGCCGCUGGAGACGCGGUCGGCGGGGCAGAGCAUCACGGUGGCCGUCAACUUCAUCUUCACCUUCGCCGUGGGGCAGGCCUUCCUCUCCAUGCUCUGCCACUUCAAGUUUGGGAUUUUCCUCUUCUUCGCGGCAUGGGUCGUGGUGAUGACUGUCUGCGUGAUACUCUUCCUGCCCGAGACCAAGGGCGUGCCCAUCGAGGAGAUGGCGGGUGUGUGGCAGCGCCACUGGUUCUGGAAGCGGGUGGUGCCUACUCCUGCGCUGGAGGGUGAAACUAGCAAGGCAGAAAAAGGAGACAAGAAUCAGGCUGUCAGUGCAAGCAGCAAUGGUGCCAUGGAGAAGGCAGUUGUCUCAGAUGUAUGA